GCAUCUUACAUAGUUGCAAUCCUAGCAUUCCUACAUUUGGAACGAGAUUAGAUCCCAGAUUACUUUAAACCUCAUGUUAUAGUUAUUUUUCUCAUGUAGCAGAACAUAUUCAUAUCCGAUGCCAAUGAAUGCAAAGAGGAAAGAGUCGAGUUUUGGAUUCACUCCUUUCUCAUGUAGCGAGCAUGACAAAUUAAAACAUGCUGCAAAAGCAGGCAUAUAAUAAAGUGCAAGAAAGUUAUACUCGCAAUAUCUCUGUAUCCUAUAUAUUUUGCUUUGAUUCUCCAACUUUUGCUACAAAAUAGCGAAUCAAAAUUGUCUGAAUUUACCAUCCCCAAAAUAUAGCAUUUUUCCGUAAAUAUAGCACAGCAUCCCCAAGAAAACUCUCCAAAAAAUAGCACGCGGUGUGCAUGCAUGCACGCACACACACCCCUCAAUCCCUGAUACGAUAUUGAUCCCCUUGCGCAGCCAUAGAUAGAAUCAAUAAUCCCACUAAAUUCUCUCCAUCUUCUUCUCCCAUCCCAAACAACAUAAAAGAAAAAAAAAAAAAGAACAUAUCAACAACCAUAACUGCAUGCAUGCAACAUGAACAACACUCAGUCACAACAACACAAGAACCGCGAAGAAGAAGAAGAGGAAGAAGAAAACCGGUUGCUCCAAUCAGAAUGCGAGACAAUACCCUUGUCCUCAUGCCGCUCGUCACCCACAAAGCGCGAACACGUAUACGAACAACAAGAGGAAGAAGAAGACACGGACGCGGUGUAUGCAGCCAAGGACAAGGUGCACAUAUUCGACUUGGAGUCCGCCGGCGAAGGCAGCGGGUCCACGGCGGUGCCGCCGGUCUCGUGGCGGAAGCUGUGGCUGUUCACGGGGCCGGGGCUGUUGAUGAGUGUGGCGUUUCUGGACCCGGGGAACCUGGAAGGGGACCUUCAGGCUGGUGCCAUUGCGGGGUACUCGUUGCUGUGGCUGCUGAUGUGGUCGACGAUCAUGGGGCUGGUGAUUCAGCUUCUGUCGGCGAGGCUUGGGGUGGCGACGGGGCGGCACCUGGCGGAGCUGUGCCGGGAGGAGUACUCGAAGUGGGCGAGGUUGGUGCUGUGGGUUCUGGCUGAGCUCGCUCUCAUUGCUGCUGAUAUUCAGGAGGUUAUUGGCAGUGCUAUUGCCUUCAAGAUUCUUAGCCAUGGCCUUCUUCCUAUUUGGGCUGGUGUGGUUAUCACAGCCAUGGAUUGUUUCUUCUUUCUAUUUCUUGAGAACUAUGGAGUGAGGAAGUUGGAAGGUGUUUUCGCAGUUUUCAUUGGAACUAUGGGCUUUUCUUUUGCGUGGAUGUUCUUUGAUACAAAGCCCAAUGAAGAAGAACUAAUGAUGGGUCUUUUGAUCCCAAAAGUUAGUUCAAAAACACUUCGGCAGGCAGUGGAAAUUGUGGGGUGUGUGAUAACCCCACAUAAUGUGUUCCUCCAUUCUGCAUUAGUUCAAUCAAGGGACAUUGAUAUCCGUAACAAAGGGCAGGUUCAAGAGGCUCUCAACUACUACUCAAUUGAGUCCUCAGUUGCACUUUUAGUCACAUUGGUGAUCAAUCUAUUUGUGAUAACUGUUUUCGCUAGGGUGUUCUAUGGUACAGAACAGGCCAAAGGCAUAGGGUUGGUAAAUGCUGGGCAAUAUCUUGAGGAGAGGUAUGGAGGAGGCUUCUUUCCAAUUCUCUAUAUAUGGGGUAUUGGUUUAUUAGCAGCUGGCCAAAGUAGUACCAUCACUGGCACAUAUGCAGGCCAGUUUAUAACUGAGGGUUUCCUUAAGCUCAAUAUAAAGAAGUGGUUGAGGGCAUUGAUCACUAGAAGUUGUGCUAUUGUCCCAACAAUGAUUUGUGCUAUUGUUUUCAAUACAUCAGAAGGUUCAUUGGAUACCUUGAAUGAGUGGCUUAAUGUGGUCCAAGCAAUACAGAUUCCUUUUGCACUUAUUCCACUUCUUACUUUGGUGUCCAAAGAGGAGGUCAUGGGGACCUUCAGAAUAGGGCCUAUAGUAGAGAGAGUGUCUUGGAGUGUGGCUGUGCUGGUGAUAUUGGUUUAUGGAUAUAUGCUACUAGAUUUUUUCCUGGCUGAAGUGGAUGGGCUGUUGUUUGGUUUUCUAGUAUUCUUUUGUGCUGCAGCAUGGAUUUCAUUUAUCAUAUAUUUGGUUCAACACAGUGGUGCCAUUCCUUCAAUGCUGUUGAGGUCCCCUAAUUCCAAAGGCUUUUUCUCUCUUAAUGGGAACUAAGCUUGCAAAUCCAUAUCAUUUUUUGGGUUAAAAUGAAAAAAAUUAAUCAUGUUGUCAAUUUUGCAAGAGGUACCGUUUUCCAAAAUAAAGCAUAGGUUCAACAGAUAACCGUCUCUGAACUUGGAAAAGGAAUGCAAGUCCAUUCAUUGAUCAGCUGAAAGAAAUUAUAUACUUUGGCAUUGUCUUCACUCAAGAUGCACAAGAUGAAGGUACAUGAUGGUGAUAUAAGAAACUUUUACUAACUAAGCUCAAAAUUAUUUUGUACAGAAAUUAGGAAAAUCUACUUGAUUAUAAGUUGAAGUAGCUUAGGAUGUAAUAUAUAUAGUCAAAUAGAUAUAUUUUUGUGAUAUAAUUGUAUGAACAUUUUGGAGUUGUACUAGUCAUAACCUAAGAAAUACAUUUGCACCAUACACUGAAAAAUGGCUUUAAUUUAGCCAAUAAACUGUG